CUCUUGCGGGUGCUCUCGUGUGCGCUUCAUCUGUCUGCUGCUGCUCAGUGCGGAUGGUCCCGGGUCUGGAGGCGGAGGGCCGGACAGCGAACUUUCUGCAGCUCCACUCCGGACGAGACCGACACACGCACAGCCCAUGAGGGGGGAAGACGCGGCCGUGGUGCAGCCCGCAGACCGCGUGUAGACCACCGGCUUGAGGCACACACACACACACACCGACCGAGGCUCCGCGUGUCUCCCGUAGACCAGCCCCCGUGCGCCUGGCUGUCUUUGUUCACCGCGGUCACAUCUGUCCUUCUGCAGCCGACGAUGGAGCCCUCAGACCGGGGACAGCGCUCCGAGGACGAGACGGAGUACGAGGACGAGGAGGUGGACCCCAGAAUACAGGGGGAGCUGGAGAAACUCAACCAGUCCACAGACGACAUCAACAGAUGUGAGACGGAGCUGGAGGAUGCCCGUCAGAAGUUCCGCUCGGUGCUGGUGGAGGCUACAGUGAAGUUGGAUGAUUUGGUGAAAAAGAUCGGAAAAGCUGUGGAGGAGUCCAAGCCGUACUGGGAGUCUCGCAGACUUGCCAGACAGGCUCAGCUGGAGGCUCAGAAGGCCACCCAGGACUUCCAGAAGGCCACAGAGAUGCUGAGAGCCGCGAAAGAGACCAUCUCCCUGGCCGAGCAGAGGCUUCUGGAGGAGGACAACCGGCAGUUUGACUCCGCCUGGCAAGAGAUGCUCAACCACGCCACACAGAGGGUGAUGGAGGCGGAGCACACAAAGACCAGGAGUGAGCUGGUGCACAAAGAGACUGCCGCCAAAUACACAGCAGCCAUCGGGCGCAUGAAACAACUGGAGAAGAAACUCAAACGCACCAUCAACAAGUCCAAGCCCUACUUUGAGAUGAAGGCCAAGUUCUAUCUUCAGUUAGAGAAUCUGAAGAGGACUGUAGAUGAGCGCCAGGCCAAGCUGUCCCAGGCCAAAGCAGACUACAAGAGCGCUCUGAGAAACCUGGAGAAGAUCUCAGAUGAAAUCCACGAGAGAAGGCGCAGCUCCACCAUCGGGCUCCGGGGCCCAGGGGUGGGGGCGGAGGGGGACAGCGUGUCUGGAGACGACCUUUCUGGAUUCAAAAUGGAGUCUGAUGGCAUUUCCAUGACGUCGGACUGUUUUGACGAUGAGCCUUGUGCGAGUGGCUCUGUAGUGUCUGAAGAGGACUCCGCCUCCACUUGCAGUUUAGGCUCCUCCCCCAGCAGCAGCCCCCAGGACCUGCUGAUGUCGCCAUUCACCAGCGCGUCCUCGCCCUCUUUCGACUCCGCCUCCUCAGACACAAAUUCCUCCCCCUCCUCCUCCCCGGCCCCGCUAUCUCGACCCUGCAGUCUGGACCUGCCCAGCUCCGUGUCCCUGUCAGACUUUGGGCUCAUCUCUCCCGUGCUGGGCCCACGCAGCGAAUGCAGCGGAGCGUCAUCUCCGGAGUGUGACAUAGAAAGAGGUGAUCGGGCCGAAGGUGCUGAGGGCGACCUGGACAACGCUCCCGUCACCACCAACAACAACAGCGGGACCCCCAACCCCACCAAAACAUUCAGCCUGGAGGCACGCUUCAGCUUCCUCAACCUACGGAGACCCAGAGAAGACAAAAGUACAGACAACUGCCCCCAGAAAAGUGCAGCGUCCGGGCAGACUGUAGUUAUGGUCAAAGGAGUCUGAUGGACCCGGGACCUAUGGACUAGACUUUGAUUGAAACUGUGCUAUGAUUUUUGUCCCCAACUGCACGCCAUACAAAUGGAAGGAUUUCUCUUAUUGAAGGAAAAAAGCACUUGGACAUUAAAGGUGCACUGUGUAACUUCUAAGGUGGAGGAUACUUGCUUGUCUCCAUGGAGAUGUUAUUUCUUUGCCUUAGACUUAGACAAACUUUAUUGAUCCACAAGGGAAAUUAUUUGGACACAGUAGCUCACACAUCACAAUAUAUUAAAAUACCAUAUUUUAUGCCCUAUUAGGCGCUCUGAAUUAUAAGGCACACUGUAAUAAAAUUGUCUAUUUUCAAACUUUUUUCACAAAUAAACCGCAUUGGACUUUAAACGAAACACAACAGUUCGAUGGGUCAGUGGGACUUUGUUUUGCGUGUUCACAAUGACUCUCGGCUUUGUUCAAUUGUGGCGUUUAGGGAGGGUGCUGUCUGGGACCAUUGGAUUGUUGACGUGUUCGCAGUGACUCAGUUGUUCAGUUGUGUCUAGAAGUGGCACAUUGCACUCGCUUUUUCGGUUCAUUCCUCCGUUCCGUUCCUCGUCAGCGUGGAGUGAUGAGUGUGGCUGCGGGUGUUUUUCGCUGCGCGGCUCUCUGCUCCGUGCGUGUUUGCGUGCGCUGCGGAUGGUGCGGCUUUGUAGUUUGCUUAGGUCGUGCUGGGACACCCGAGUGUAUUCGUGUAUAGGGUGCUCUGGACUGUGGGGCGUGCAGUCAUUUGUUGAUGGGGUUGGAGGCUUAAGAGUGCGCCCAAUAGCCCGGAAAAUACGGUAACAAAAAACAAAAAUAAUAAAUUCUAAAUAAGUAGCAACAAUAGCAAGAGACAGAGACAAGUAAAAAUAAAAUGAAAUAUAAAAAUAAAGUAAUAAAAAAAUAUUGCCUGGAAUGUUCCACAGUAUGGCAUGAAACCUAUUUCCUUUACAUUUGUUCAAUUACAGGUGUUUGAUAGCUCAGAAAUACCUUAAAAAAAUAAAAAUUAGGUCUUGCCAUGAACCUGUCUCCAUUGUGAUUACAAAGUGGAAUAAUCAAGGGAAAUGGUAAGAUCUCCAUGGAGACAAGCGGGUGAUGGACCCUCCAACAGAAAAUUUACACAGAGAAGCUUUAACACAGAUAAGAGGGGUUGCAUUGUGCACUUGGAAAACCACUGGAACUGCACAUUUAAUAAAAUUAAAAACAUUCUCACAAAUUGUAAUGUGUACAGAGCGGCCAUGUUGGUGGUAUGAUAUAUUUGAUAUAAGCUCCACAUAAGCUAGUUAAGAUUUUUUCAUUGAUAACAUAUGGAAGUUCUAUAUUUGCAAAUUGCUGCAAUAUCUUAAAAGUUUGUUCUUUUAAAGAGUCCAUAUUACGCUACUUUCUGAUCUAUGUUAUGUUGUUUUCUCAUCACAAACAUACCUGGAGUUGUUUUGUUUUAUACACAAAAGCCUGCAGAUUUACGCUGAGUUCUCUCAAACAGAAAACACUCCAUCUUGUUUUCCAUCUUGUAGUAAUACAGAAAGUGUUCCACAGUAUUUUAAAAUUCUAUACACCUUCACUAGAAUCACUUGGAUAAUUUCAGCCCUGGAAUUGCCAGUUUCUAAAAAGAUAUAAAAUAGGUGUUAACUUGAAAACUACCGCUUCAUGUAGAACAGAGCAUUUUGAGCUUUGGACAUUACUCAGACAAGUGUGAAUGAAACAAAACACAACUCCAGGUAUGUUUUUGAUAAGGUAACAGCAUUAUAACAUGGCUUAAAGCUCACAAGAGUCACGUUGCAUAUUGUAGGACCUUUAAAGUUCCAUGGCAAAAAAAUAAUUCUUUUUACGUCAGCACUUAAUAAUGUAGCGAGCGUUGGAACACAUGAUUUCUCCCCAGUCACUUUGAAGAAACCGCUGUGUCCUUGUGUUUGUGAACUUUAUCUUUGUGAUAUGUUCAGUGUAAAUGAUGUAAAUGUUUAAUGUGGUCUUUCACAUCUGCUAAACCAUGACCCAGCCCAUGUUAUAAGUGUUUUCUACUUUGAACAGAAUGUCUGCGUUUGAAUGAAUGAAAUAAAAUAAUGUGUAACUAUUGCAAA